ACAAAACUGAACACACGUAUUAUUAUUGAAAAAUAUUAUAUUGAUAAACAUUACAAAUAUUAUUUACAAAUUACAAAUCAAUAAAGAAAGUUAAAGAUUUGUUUAGUUGACGUUUUUUCGUUCAGCGCGGGAAAAACUAUACUUUCGGUCGAAUCGGGGGAAAGACAAAGGCUUUGUGAGGAUUCAUCCGAGUGGAAUCACUUUGGACUUCUACUUUUGCUAAAAUUAAAGCAAGAUGCCGUCAGAGGUGAUAUCGGGGAAGUCGCUGCAGCGCGAACUGGCUGACUCCAUCAUCCGCAUGGUGCCGUUGGACGAGAUAAGAAUACUGCUCGCCUGCGGAGCCAAGGUGAACGAGCCGGUGACGCAGGGCUUGCGGCCGCUGCACUACGCCAUCUGGCAGCGGCACCUGGAGGCGACGCGGCUGCUGCUGGUGCGCGGCGGAGAUGUGAACGCGCGGGAUGACUGCGGCUACAGUGCUCUGCAUCUCGCAGCUGAACAUGGGUAUACGGAGCUGGUCCGCCUGCUGCUGCAGAGCGGCGCAGCAGUGGACUACCGCGCGGACAGCGGGGAGCAGUUCCCGCGCACCACACUCUGCGAUGAACCCUUACGACUGGCUAUCAGGAACAAACACUAUGAGGUAGCCCGCCUGCUGCUGGACCACGGCGCGGACCCCAACAAGCGGUACUUCUUCGGCGCGGAGAUCAACCUGGUGUCGGACCCGGAGUACCUGGAGCUGCUGCUGUCGUUCGGAGCCAACCCUGACUCCCGCGACCGCGCUGGACUCACGCCGCUCAUGAAGGCGGCCAGGCAGAAACGGGGUAUAGAAGCAGUGCUGCUGCUGAUCAGCCACGGUGCUGAUGUGAACGCGAUGGCCGACGCCAGAAAUGAUUAUAGAACCGUCAUGCAUUAUGCCGUUUUAAGUGGCAACCCCGACAUGGUGAAUCUAAUAAUAAAGCAAGGCGGGCGCGUCAACUACGCGGCGGAGCUCAACAAGCCGAGCGCGCUCGACCUCGCCAUACUGAAGGGGGACGUCGCUAUGGUGCGGAUGCUCAUGGCUGCGGGAGCGCACGUGAACGCGUCCAGCUCAGUGAUCGGGUCUCCGCUGCAUGUCGCUUGUUCUGACAACAUCGACAACAGGAAGGAAAUUGUUAAAUUGUUACUGGCGAGCGGUGCUGAUCCUAACCUCAAAGUAUUAAACGAGGAGGACGGCGCGCAACUGCGGCCAGCGCUGGCAGAGUACCUCGCCAGUAACGUGGAACCCAGCGCUGCUAUUGUCUCGCUGCUGCUUCGUUAUGGUGCACGAGUAAUAAUGAAAACUCAGUUUCGUGACCCCGACGGUAUCCUGAACCACUUACAGAACGUUACCUCCGAGCAGUAUGAGCACAUCUUCUAUAUCCUUCUAGAAGCUGCUGAAUCUUUUGAUCUCUGCAUGAUAAAGAGGAAUUCCACCCUUACUGCUAUACAAAAAGAAGCUUUAAUCGACCGAGCUAAGAACCCUAUUACCUUGUUAGCUCAAACCAGAAUAUUCCUACGUAAAUAUUUUGGUACGGAUUUGGUUGAUAUUGUCAAGACUCUGGAAAUACCAGAUAUCCUCCACCAAUACUUGCUUUUUGAAUGUCGUUAAACGGACUUUAUAACAAUUUUGGAUGUAUUUUUAUUGGCUAAAGACUUUCUUUAGCCGAUUUUUUAAUCUGGCAAUCUGGGUUGCCAGGUUUGGAGCUAACUCCGCGAUUUUUGGGAGAAUCUCAUUCGAUUCGAAAUUUUGACGCAAUUCGAUUAAGUUCGAUUCAAGUAUAUGUUUGUAUCGAUUUUUAUUGAUUAAUAUUCAUUUUUGUCAUGUAACGCUAUUUAAAGUAAUUAAGAAUGUCAUAAAAAUAUGUUACUAUACAUUUGGAUAUUGUAUGUUUCGCAAAUUCAAUUUGUUUUUUUCUACGAGAGACAAUAUUUCAAUGUAAAUGAAGAAUUUGUUAUAAAUAUUCACUU